UAGGCUUUUUCCCACCCACUUCAUUAUCCCAUCCCAUUGAUUCUCACAACAAUCUCCCUCGCCUUUCGACCACCGCUCCUGAUAUUUCUACCAGAGCUGAUCCGCUUAUUACCGCACUCACUCUUGGACAAAUGGAGAGCCAACAACCCUCAUAUUGCCACGAGAUUCGUCGGCUCUAUCGGCUGAUCGAAAGUACCUCCCUGGAGUACCUCUCCGUUGACCACCUUCGUGAGCUGGGCAUUGAAGCCACGCAAGUUUAUCUGGCCGAUGGCAAGCUCCAAUUUGACCCUUGCUUCUUCCAGCCUCAGCAGCACAGUCUUCAUGAAAGAUACCCCCUCCUUGACAAAACCCAGAAACUCAGGAAGCUGACGUUUCAACGAAGCUGGGAUAACUGUAUCCGUGAGGCCGCUGACGGAGGAGUCGAAUUAGUUCUUACUGGAUAUUGGUCUGCUGAGGACUUCAAGUGUCGUGAAGACAGAUUCUUUCGGGAUGCAAAAUAUCGAUACCUGUCGAGCCUACGACACGAACGCGAAGCUGAUGUAGGCGAUCGUUCACAGCAAACUCUCCUCUACAUGCAGCAAUUGCUUGGAGCCGAAAGGGUGAACCCAGACCUCCCUCCACCAGACCUUCUCCCAUUUUGCUUGAGCGACUUGUCUCCGUUGACUGAAGGAUGGAGGACAAAAGAAAGAAAAGGCGACCCUCAAUUAGCCAACCUCUUUUAUCCUCACAAAGUCCGCUGGAGGAUUGAAGAUAUACUGGAAGACUUUGACUUCAAAGAUCCUAAGCCCCACGCAGUUGUUUGGAACUGGGUGGAGUUUGCAGCAGGACCUGCUCCAGAGAGCUUGACUAUCCAUGAGGUUCAGUCAAUCGUGAGAUGGUUUAUGAUACGGGCUAAGCGCAGUACUUGGAGGCAACACCGCAUCCAGCCAAUGUUGCUCGUUUCUUAUACCGGUUCGCAGGACGGCAGGAUCGUUCAAGCGCAUUAUGAUGGGAAGAAAUUGAACCUGCAAUUUUCGGCGCUGUUCCAAAUGAAAGAUGAGAAGACCGCGCCGAUAGACCUCUUCCUGCGUUACACUGUCAGUACUCCUGUGGGGCAUACUCGAGUCGACAAGUCGAGUUAG